AUGUUGGCUCUGCGACCUUCCCGAAUUCUCUACGGCCUGGAGCUGAGCGACAUCGGCAAGUCAGGAGGAGGGCCCUCUGGGAUCGGGCCCUGGCUGGCCAGCAGAACUGCUUUUGCCGAGGUCCCCGAUGACCUGUGUGUGGUGACCUCUGGCGACGAUGUGGAGAUCACCAUUGCUCAGGGCAACUGGGUCCAGGGUGGGGUCUCUGGAACCCCGGGUGACGACUCCAUCAGCACCUUGGGCCUGCUCCUCUGCCUGGGUCUUUUGCUGCUGCUUGUGUCCAUCCUGGGCUACAGCCUGGCCAAGUGGUACCAGCGUGGGUACUGCUGGGAGGGGCCUAAUUUUGUCUUCAACUUGUACCAGAUCUGGAACAUGAAGGAUCUGGAGAUGGGUCCACCCUUCACCAUCAGUGGCCACAUCAGCCGUCCGGAUGGUGGCUACCUGAAGUUCUCCAGCAGAUUGGUCUGA